CUAACCCCCCACAAAACACUGAUUCUAAAGAAUAAAAAGAUACCCUUGUUAAUCUCUUCGUCUUAUUUGACAACAUUAUAGAAAAAGAAGAAAAAAAUCUCUUCAUAUCCUUCUUCCUCAAUUAGUCCUUUAUAUAUACACACACCCCAUCCAUAUCAUAACACAAAGCUUGUGAGUUGUUGUUUCCUCAGCUAAAGCCUAUACAGACACAAAGAACAUAUAUAACACUUUCUAAUAUGUUCUAGAAUCUAGAUCUCUACCCAUUCUCCUUAUUCACUUUUUCUUGAGAUAAAUGGAGGAUUCAGAGGAAGAAGAACUUCUAAAUCUUACUCUUUCAGUUGAUGCUGGUAGGAAGAGGAGAAAGAAAGGAAGGACAAGGGAUAGUAAUAAUAAUAAUAGUAACACUAAUUCUGUUAUUAUUCCUAUUAAGUCCAACGAAGGGAUGAUCUUCAGGCUCCUCCAAAUGAGGGAGCUGAUGCUAAGACAAAACCACAGAAUUAGAAAAGGAGUAGUUGAAGAUGGGAUCAACAACAACAAGAAUGGCCUUCCUUUGAUUCACUUGCUUCUCUCAACAGCCACUGCUGUUGAUGAUCAAAGAAACUAUUGUGCAGCUCUUGAGAAUCUCAUUGACUUGUACCAAACAGUUUCCCUAACAGGUGACUCGGUUCAACGUGUUGUGGCCUAUUUCGCUGAUGGUUUGGCUGCAAGGCUUCUCACAAAAAAGUCACCUUUCUAUGACAUGCUCAUGGAGGAGCCAACAAGUGAGGAAGAGUUUCUUGCAUUCACUGAUCUCUAUAGAGUCUCACCCUAUUACCAAUUUGCUCACUUCACAGCAAACCAGGCCAUUUUGGAGGCCUAUGAGGAGGAGGAAGAGAGGAACAACAAAGCACUUCAUGUCAUUGACUUUGAUGUCUCCUACGGCUUCCAAUGGCCUUCUCUUAUUCAAUCACUCUCCGAAAAGGCAACCAGUGGCAACAGAAUUUCCCUCAGGAUAACAGGUUUUGGGAACAAUCUGAAAGAAUUGCAAGAAACUGAGGCAAGGUUGGUUAGUUUCUCAAAGGGGUUUGGUAAUCACCUUGUGUUUGAGUUCCAAGGGCUUCUAAGAGGGUCUUCAAGGGUCUUCAACCUGAGGAAAAAGAAAAAUGAAACUGUGGCAGUGAACCUUGUUUCUUAUUUGAACACUUCGAGUUGUUUCAUGAAGGUUUCUGACACAUUGGGAUUUGUUCAUUCUCUUAGCCCCUCCAUUGUGGUGUUGGUGAAACAAGAAGGUAGUAGGAGUCUUAAGACCUUCUUGUCAAGGUUCACUGAGUCGUUGCACUAUUUUGCAGCCAUGUUUGAUUCACUGGAUGAUUGCUUGCCACUUGAGAGCACUGAGAGGUUGAAGAUUGAGAAGAAGGUUCUGGGGAAAGAGAUCAAAAGCAUGCUCAACUAUGACAUGGAUGGUGUGGAUUAUUGCCCCAAAUAUGAGAGGAUGGAAACAUGGAAAGGGAGAAUGGAGAAUCAUGGGUUUGUUGGGAGAAAAAUAAGCUCAAAGUGUGUGAUCCAAGCAAAGCUGCUUCUGAAGAUGAGGACCCAUUAUUAUCCACUGCAGUUUGAGGAAGAGGGUGGUGGGGGUUUCAGAGUUUCUGAAAGGGAUGAAGGGAGAGUUAUCUCUUUGGGGUGGCAAAAUAGGUUUCUUCUCACUGUGUCAUCAUGGCAACCAGUUUGACAGAAUUAGAUACUCCUUCAUUCCUAGGUCCUAACUUGCAUCGUUUUGGUAAAAAUCUGCACCCAAAAUGAUGAUGAGUUUUAACUUAUAUUUUUCUAGAUUUCUUUGGCUAGUAUAUGUUAACGUUGUUGACCAGAAAUAUGUAAAGACUUUUUAGUAUUUGGUAGAUUGUCCAAGACUAGUAGUAAUAAUUAAGGUAAAUUGCUGAA